GACACGAACACGAAACCCGUAUCAGAUUCGUAUCAGAUUCGUGAAUUUCUUGUGAAUGAAAGCUUGAGCAAAAGCUUGAGGAAACGUAACAGGUGGUUAACAAAUGGAAUUUUCAACAUGGAGAAACAGCAUGGCUCUUUUACUUAUCAUAAUAAUGGAGAUUCUCAUUUUCUGCACCUUUCACUUGAAUUUAUUCUCAACAAAAGUGAAACAUUGUCAAGUUUCCUGUAAGGGAUCGAUUGAUUAUGUGGAUCGUUGGAAUAGAAAUCCUGUAUACUCUAAGUUCCAAAUAAUGAGGCCAGCAAUCAGAAAGAAAACAAACUUUUUGAUAAUCGUUUCAUCAGCCCCAACAAGAAGAGACAGACGAUCAGCAAUUAGAGAAACAUGGUGGAAAGAUUGUGUGAGCAGUGACCAGGUUAUUGUUAAAUGCAUCUUCAUCACAGACCAACCUGACGGAUCAUCACCAGACGGGAAGAGGUUGAUGAAAGAACAAAGAAAUCACAAAGAUCUUGUAUUUCAAGACCUCAGUGGAGGAGUCGAGUUCGGCAAACGGUUUUUGUAUCACAUGGUUUGGGCCAUGCAGAACUACGAGUUUGAUUAUUUUUUAAGGAUGGACGAUGAUCACUUCUUUUGCCUCGAGCGAUUUCUACACGAGCUUCCGAUGCCUAUGCGCCCCAUGUACCACUGUAUUGCAUCCCAAAUAUUGUUCGAUCAGAUGAGAGCAUGGUUUUGUUAUCACGUGACAUAAUUGAAUUGUUUUUGAACCAAGAUCCGUAUGAAAUCAAAGGCCAUCCUUGGGGGAACAUUAUGAUAGCAACAUGGGUGAAAGAUCUUGACUUACCCGACCUAUACAAUAACGACCCUAGGCUACAUCAUGAUCCACAACUAAAAUUCAUGAAAAAUAUUACGCAACAUUUUCAAAACGUUUGCGACAAUUUCAUCGGGGUACAUGGAAGUUAUCGAAAGGACAUGAGACUUUUAUGGAAAAUUAAAAAGGAAGGAUAUCAAAUUUGAUGCCAAGCUUGAUUCAUAUACCUCAAAGUGCAAAGUACCUCAGCAAUUCGAUUGGACCAAAUUCGUAGACACUUGGCGGUAUGAGCCUAAAAAGUGGAUCAACAACCCUUCAUGGAAUACUACAAAGCAGGAGAAAGGUGGCAAAGAAUACCUGGGUAGAGAGGGUGGUCAAAUUUCAAAGAAAUAGCGUUUGAACCAGAGAAUGACACUCAAUUAAUGUUUAGCAUAUGUAAGUGUCAUUGGAAAUGGAAAUAGCCCUCAUGCCAACUGCAAAAAGAGCUUAAUUUCUUACUGGUCUUUGCACAAUUGUUCAAUUUGAACAAAGAUAAACAGGAUCAUAGGCUAAAUAUAGCUCUAUUUGGGAUGUAAAGUAAUGAAUUAUUAAAUUGUGCAAAAAACAUCUACAAAGAACACAUGUAAACAUCGCAAAAUCCAUGCACUAAUAGUGGAUGGUUUUUUUCACUCUUACGGAGUUGUUACUCCAUGUUGUAUGGGGUUGAAUGGGGUCUUCAUUUUACCUUAGUUCUUCAAUAAGCUGUUUUUCAUUAUAACAGUGGUUUAUUGAACUUACUUUGCCUUUGCUACAUUUCGCAAAGAUUCUGAAUUUUCAAACUCGAUAUUAUGGAAUUAAUGGGGAAGGGGUAGGGAUGGGAUGGUGGUAAAUGCCGCGGAAAGCAUGAAGUUUGCUGCGCAAACGCCUUUACCAUAGUUUACUGACGUGUUAUUAAUCAAGGUCGUGUUUUUAUUACUCUUACACUUUAUUUUGUUUGGUAAUAGCUCUACAUAGGUUCAAUCGUUAGCACAUUUAUCAUUGGUAAUAUCUUUUGUAUUUGCCGGUUGGCUAAUUGACUUGGUACGUUUACACAUAUCUUUUUCAACUAUGUUUUCUAAAGAGACCGAUAUCUAAAAACUAACUGCUUAUUGUUUAAUGAAGUUCGUGUUUGAAAUGAGCGUGUAAGUGUAUACCACAUAUCUUUUACUCAUAAAAUGAUAUAAUACAAAAUGUUCUAUUGAUUGUUGAUUUUCUUACUGCAACAUACUUUGUUGACUUGUUCGGACUAUUACGACAGAGAAAACCGAGAUUCAAUCACUCCUAAAAAUCUCGUUCACCUUU